UGUGUAAUUUCGUUCAUAUACUUGAGUGCGACGCACAUUACUUUGAUGGGUAGAACGGCAUCAAUAAGACUUCCGAAAAAUCCCGAGACGUUUCCGGAAUGACCCGAUCCAGGGAUAACCGAGGCAGAGCGCAGAGACGGGCGCCGCUAUUUCCAAUUCACCACCGCGGAGGAACCCAUUUCAUUUUGUUCAUUUUUCGUUAGCAUUCUUAAUUCAGCGAUGGCACCGGGAUACUGACGGUCAUGGCGAAUUCCCGAGCAAGGAAUCGGGUUGACUGCCAUGUGUGAUCCAUCUCUUUUUGCGCCUUGCAUCACAGACCGUACCGGGCUUAUGCAUUUUAAAUAUAUAGGACGCUUGCAUGUACUGUGUACAUGUCUACGCAUAGAAUGACUACAGUGUGAGAGGACGAGGUUGAUGCCAAUGGAUAUACCAAGCGAUGAUGCCCGAGAAAUCGGAUUUAUUAUCGUCGAAGAUAAGAUGUGUAUCGAUGUGGCGUGGGAGAAAAUGUCUUUGGCUUCAGUCGAGAUUUCAGCAAGAAAAUGAAGACAGGGAAGAAGCGUCUUGUCGUGUAGUCCAGUAGCGGAUGCCAAUCGUUAUUUACAAAUAUACAUUUGUGCACAAGAUAAUGAUAUUGACGCUGCGCCUCAGGAUUAAACAAUACAACGAAACAACAUAAAAUAGAGAAUAGUAAUUCUGCUGUUGAACUGCAUUUGAUUUCGUCACAGUGUGAUGGGAAUACACUGCUAAGGCUUGGCCUAGCUUUAUGGAAAACCCGAAGACAUGACAUGCACACGAAAAAAGAGGAAACGAUAUUUUUUGUUUUUUAAAACCUGUAUUUAUGUAAUAUACCAGCUCUUGCAUAAUAAGGUUUAAACCUUGCGACAAAAGACAUUGAAACAGGUCUUGUUUCUUUUUUCUAGACGUGACCAUUCCUUGUAUUAAUUAAUUCAUUGUUUUUUCAUUCUGUUGUUUGUAAAGGACGUCGAGAUUCAUAUUGGAUUACAAUUUGGAUUCUUGAACGAUUGCUUUGACCGGUUACGUCGGUUUAAAAAACAUUACCACAUAUUUUUGUCUGUGUUUAUAUUUUGUUUUUAUUAUUUAUUUUUUAUAAUUGCAACAAGCUCCCAUUAAGGCCUACCAUCGACACGAGAUUCAUUGUCUGGAGGAAGACCGAGAACUAUAGGAGUAAAGGCCAAUUGAGGAGGCAACUUUGAAGGGGAGUUCCAAAGAGUACCGUGCAAAAUGGGGCAAUGCAAAUCAAGCGUCUCUCAUUCCAUCUGAGACAACGACGACAGGCAACCACGAGGACGGACGACAGCUCAGUCGGAGGAGGCGGAGGUGGAGGUGGGAGUGGAGGAAGCGAGGGUAAAGUUGGUUUCGGAGGAGAAGGAGGAGUCGUGCGAUCAGAGCAGCAAAAGGGAUGGCCAACGGAAACGCAAGCAGUGAUGGGCCUGGGAACCCAUUGGCAUCCGUAGUGUCUACUACCGGUGGCAUGAUGGGUGGAUCACCUUCCUCGGCUGUUUCCACCUAUGUUAAACUUGUCCUUUUGGGAUUGAUCAUCUGUGUCAGCCUGGUGGGGAACUUAGUGGUGUCUCUGCUGGUGUUAAGGGACCGAGCCCUUCACAAGGCACCUUACUAUUUUCUUCUGGACCUCUGCCUUGCUGACACCAUUCGCUCAGCGGUCUGUUUCCCCUUCGUACUGGUGUCAAUCAAAAACGGCUCAGCCUGGACUUAUAGCGUGCUCAGCUGCAAGGUGGUGGCCUUCAUGGCUGUACUUUUUUGCUUCCAUGCUGCCUUCAUGCUGUUCUGCAUUAGCGUCACGCGUUACAUGGCCAUCGCCCACCAUCGCUUCUACUCUAAGCGAAUGACCUUUUGGACCUGUGUCGCAGUCGUUUGUAUGGUCUGGACAUUGUCAGUGGCCAUGGCCUUCCCGCCCGUUUUUGACGUAGGCACCUACAAGUUUAUCCGUGAGGAGGACCAAUGCAUCUUUGAACAUCGCUACUUCAAGGCCAAUGAUACGUUAGGGUUCAUGUUGAUGCUGGCCGUGCUAAUCCUGGCCACUCACGUGGUCUACAUGAAGCUCCUGCUGUUCGAAUACAAGCACCGAAAGAUGAAGCCAGUCCAGAUGGUUCCAGCCAUCAGCCAAAACUGGACCUUUCACGGGCCCGGAGCCACGGGCCAGGCAGCCGCAAACUGGAUAGCAGGGUUCGGCCGCGGUCCAAUGCCUCCCACUUUAUUGGGCAUCAGGCAGAACUUGCACAACCAGAACAGACGCCUGCUAGGCAUGGAGGAGUUUAAGGCCGAGAAGCAGCUUGGCAGGAUGUUCUAUGUCAUCACCUUGUUUUUUCUGGUGCUCUGGUCCCCGUACAUCGUGGCCUGUUACUGGCGAGUCUUUGUUAAGGCGUGUACCAUCCCACACCGGUAUCUGUCCACCACUGUGUGGAUGAGUUUCGCCCAGGCCGGCGUGAACCCCAUCAUCUGCUUUUUCCUCAACAAAGACCUGAAGAAGGGUCUGCUGGCCCACCUGCCUCCUUGUUGUAGAACUCCACCUCAACUGCCCCGUGAGCCUUACUGUGUUAUGUGAAGAUGAGUGUUCAUUCAUAUUGUCAUUUUCUUUUCCAUCCUUUCUCUUCUGGAUGACUGGCAAGAGGACAACAAGGGGGAGGGAACAGGAGGAACUUGAAGAGCUGUUGUGGCCUUUGAUACAGUUUAAGAUGCUUUAAAGGAGUGUAUGUCAUGAAAUAAGCAUCUGCUGUCACCUUAGUGAUUUUAAGGGGAAAAUGGGCUCUACACAAAUAUGUGUUACGCUAAAUCAACUCAAAAUAGGUUUGAAGAAACAUACGUUCUUCACUGGGGUGCAUUAAAGGGGUUAAGAACCAUGACAAAUCUAGCAGUUCUGAAAUAAACCAAACCGGUAUAUUUUAUGGGGAAUGUAAAGGCUAAAUCAAAUGGUAUCUUAUGAUUGAGCUAAAAAAACAUUACCAUUUGGCAAUCGUGCCACAAAAACAAAGAUUUGCAAAGGUAUUAUUCAUGACUUGUGAACAGCUGCACUCUUGGCAGCGUAAUUUGUAUUAUUUGAAGUAAUGAUUCAGAAACAUUCAAUGUGCAUGUAUUCAAUGUACCUUAUUAAGGGUAAACAAACUUGAGAUUAAACUAUGUUUAAGAAUGCGUGCCAAGAGACAACUCACUAGGCAUAGCCACUAGGAAUAGAGGAUGGAGGUUGAAAAAAAAAGACAAAUUCCUAUCAUUUAUGCUAAUUGGUCGGGCUGAAUAUUUUCUGUGGCCCCAUCAGACAGGAAUUAUGAUAAACAUUUUGUGUAAAAAAGCAACAGAGAAACAUUGAGAAUAAAAGUGUAUUUCAUCUCCAAGUUAAUUCAAAGGUAUUAUAGAGACACAGAGAGCUGACUGAUAAUAUAAAUCUAUGGGUAUAAAUGCCUGUUCAGGUUUGUAGGUGCUUUUUUUCCCUGAGAGAUUUUGCUGUAAUUUAUUGUUGAUUUAUUUAUUGUCUCUCUUUCGAAACUCUGUUUACUUGUUGAUUUUUGAUGAAAAACAUUUCAUAGCCUUGAACAAAAUAACUUUCCCUAAUAAAUUCCUGGUAUUCAAACCCAUGAAAGGGAUUUUACUGUAGGUGGGCUCUUAACACAAAGACAAAGUUGACUAGAUGUUGAGUGUUCAGGAAAGAGUAAAUAUACUGAUCAGUUAGUGAUGUAAUUUGGUUAAAUAAGACGAUUAUUUAUCCUUCCAAAUGAUUGCACAGAAAUGUUGUAGAGGAGAAGUUACUUUAGUCUUUUGCUUCUUAAAUUACUUGAAUGAAAGUUUGCUAGCAUAUUGGAUCGAAACAAAAUUGAAACAUUUUUAUUAUGUGAUGAUUUAUAUGUGUAUCCUAGAAAGUAAUCAAUUCCACUUUUAUUGAUUUUUAUGCCAUUGACAUGCAGGUUGCAGUAGAUGUAUUUCUUUGUAUUUAAAGUGUAUUACAGACUUAUACAAGAUGAAAUGUUUGCGCUGGAUUGACAUAAUGCGUGUAUAAUUUGACCUCUUGUUGACCUUUCGAAAUUCGGAAUUCUUGCAAUUAAAAAUUAUGAACGCGUUUGAGAUUAGAAAAAGUAAGAUGUUAGAGGAAUGUUUAGAUUUUUUUUAAGUAUCAUUAGGAGUUAAAUUCUGAAAUGGGUUGCUGUGUCAAAUACAUUUCCCUAAUAUUCUGCACACAACUUGAUCGGUGACAUGAUUUCUCUUGCAUAUUGUAACUUGAAUCAGAAUGCUGAAUUAAUGCAGAAAGGACAUAGAGAUUGUAAUGUUUCUGUGAAUGUUAAACGGGGGAAAACACAUAGCUUCAUCGCUCUGAAGGGUAGGCAUGGGAUUGGUUGGAAUGAUCAGACUUUUUCCCAAACCCUUCAUUUCAAGAACAAAGUGUAACAGCUGAAAUUAAUAACAACAUCUAUGAUAAACAGAAAAAGAGGAAUAAUUCUUUCUGUUGUCUGCAUUUUAUGCCUUACUCCAUUACCAAGGUUUAAUCUUACCAAUGCAAGAAUGAUUUGAAAGCUGUAUGCUUCUAUAGACACUAAUAAAUCAUAAAAAAAACAUGCUGGGGAAAACACAACACUGUGUAUUUAUGGAUUAUCGGAGGAGACGUCUCGCUCCCCUUAACAUGCCUACGAGUUGUGGCUGCAUUACAGAUGAUUUGCAAAUUGUGGGCACGCUGGAGUAAAUACAAUUCUGCUCAGUUCUCUAAAGAGACUUGAAUUUAACAGAAGAAAAAAACACAGAACACAGAAAGACUAAAUUAAAUUGAUUUUCCAUGGAAGUAAAAGGAACUUCUAGGAUUCUUAAGGAUUUCUUCAAGACUUUUUUCUUCUUCGUCGUCGGGAUGGGGGCAGUAUAUGAAUGAAGGUUUGGGUUAUUGUGUAUUCACCUGUGAAUAGGAAAUUGCUUGGAUUAGUGUUGGGGUUGGGUGAAAAGGAUGUGAUUUUGUAAUAAGCAAAAAUGCCUGGUAGAACAUUUUUAGUUGCUUCAGGCAUCUUAUCUUUUGUAAAAUAACUGUGAACCUCUAUGUAAUUUCAUGUGUAUUAUAUGGACAACGCACUAACUUCAAAUGGGGGUGAGUGAAGGGCGGGGUUACUACCCUUGAUCCUCAUCUUUUUCCACGCAUGUGUGUGUGAGUGUUUAUGCGGCGUAUGAGUGUGUGGGUGAAACUGCUCAUUAAGAGCAAGCAAAGGUAAAAGGCUUGAUAGGAAACACACCUGCAGUUGAUCAACUAAAAAUGUAACUUUUAGUUUAACAUGGAUUAGGAGUUUGCUAUGGAUCAAAAUCUUCAUUGGUCAUAACCAAGAAAAUUGUUGCUCCAAACAGUUGCUAAGUGUGAAUAUGACGUCGCAAUUUGUGAAGUUUGGAGCAUUUUAAUGAAAAACUGAUCAUUCUUAUGGAACUGUUAUCAUAGAACACAUUUAGUUCCAAGUAUUAUUUCCCUUUUUAGACUACUUAUUGUGUCUGACCGCAUCACAACUUCCCAUUUAAUCUCAAAUAAUUGGCAAAUUAAAGUAUAUGAUUUAUGAACCCAAAUGACAACAUGAUUUCAUCGUCUCAGCUCAUAACUCUAUAAAUGAAUUUAUCUUCUAACAGAGAGAUGACAAGCCACAGUUACUCAUACAGCUAUUACAAGCGCAAUAGACAGCAUAUAUCCAUCAAAUAUACAUGGGAUUACAUUUUAGUUGAGCAACUCAGGAGUUGUUUCAUUGUGAAUGCAUGAUGAAUGAAGGUGGGAAAAAGGAAAACUGAAAAGAAAAUGUGAGUCAGCUUUCAGAUUCAGAAAUCUUGAUCUGUAAAUCAACAGAUUUUUUUCCAACAUGACAAUAAAAGUUUACUUUUGUUGCA